CGCUGGCGGAGGAGUUUCGCCACAGGCACCAACUAAACCUUCGUUUUUUCCGAAGCGGGUUUUGGACACCCCUUUCCAUUAUCUUAUUCCGUGACCGGAUCACAUUUUUCACUUUCGGACAGAAAUGGCUGACACAAAAGUCGACACCAGCUCGGAAAUAUCCGCCAAGGACCUCAAAGAAAAAAAGGUGGUUGAGGAGGAGGCCGAAAAUGGAAAGGACGCUCCAGCCAAUGGGAGCGCGGAUAAUGAGGAAAAUGGAGAUCAGGAAAAUGAAGUAGAAGAAGAAGAGGAAGAUGUUGGUGAGGAAGAGGAUGAAGAAGAUGAUGGAGAGGGUGACGAAGAUGAAGAGGAAGACGAGGCUGAGGGCGGAACAGGGAAGAGGGCAGCUGAGGAUGAUGAUGAUGAUGAAGAUGAUGUUGAGACUAAGAAGCAGAAGACAGACGAUUAAAAGAGGACGUCCUGCUGAACCUCCUCCCAACCCUCCUCUCCUUAACUCGUCCUCUGGGGGAAGACAGAAAUGUGGUCAUCAUCAAGUAGAGUUCAGCAUCUGUGUACACACCUAACUGCAAAUUUUGUAGAAACAACCAAGACUUCAAAGCUCUACCUUCUUACAAAAUACUUUAAAGGAGAAUUUGUUUGUAUUUUUAUUUACAUUUUAUAUUUUUGUACAUAUUGUUAGGAGGUCAGCCAUUUUUGACAGUGAUCUCUGGUUACCAAACGGUGCUUUGAAGUUGAAGCCUCUCUAUGAAAUAGAUUUUACUUGUGGUCUGACCAUGUCAUGUUAGCUCAACUGAAAUUGUAAAAAAGAAAAAAAGAAAAAAAAUCGAAAGCCGUUUAAUUCAAAGCAUUCCAGUACUUUGUGUAUGUACAUCAGUUGUACCAUACGUAGUUGGUUUGUAUGAGAUGGCAAGGCUGAAGAAAAGAGUUUUCUUUUCUUGCUUGUCUAUUAAAUUGCUAUCUAUUGUGGCCUGUUUGAUGUAUGUGUGAAAUUGUUGUGCGACAAUAAACCGAAAUUUUAUUUUGUGAGUUCCUAA